AUGGCCCGUGUCAACAGUCCUCAGCAGCCCAGUCGAGUGCGCAACAAGCCCGUGACCAAGAGGGACGACUGGGGGCAAAGCCCCUUGUUCUAUGCUGCGAGAGAGGGACACACCGAGCUUUGUGCAUUUUUCGUGGAGAAAUGCGGCAUGUCCGUGCACCAGACGGACAAAUGGGGUGACACCGCGAUCUUCUAUGCAGUGGAGGCGAAGAAGCUUGAGACGAUCGUGUACCUGCUGAAGAAAGGAGCGUCGCUGGGGGUACACAACCAGGAGCUCCAAUCACCUGCAACGAUCGCGUCUGUCGAAGUCACUCGCGAGCUGCAGGCACGGGUUGAGGAAUGGGGCGAGCCUUUGAAUGCGCCGCCGGCCCAGGCAAAGAAAGACAGAUCACCAAAAGGCAAGCGCAAGAGGGUCGAGGAGGAGGAAUCGGCUGCGGAGGGACCCCGAACCCUGGAGGAAUGGGCUGCGCACCCAACCAAGAUGCCCAGGAUGCCCAGGGGCUCAAAGCCAGCGGCACGACGGCAGCCGAAAGAGGCAAAAGUCGUCACUGAAAGCCCUACGCACAGCGUCAAGGUGGUGACAGCAGACGCCCUGGAGGAGGUCAGGGAUCUGGAGAAGACGUUAGUCAGAGAUCAAGCCGAUCUCUUCAAGAGCCAGCUCUUCGUCCGCUCCUGCCGAGUCGCAGACUUCUGCUUGGCACUGGGGGCCUACGAGAAGGACUCUCAGUUCUUCCGUGAGUACUCCUACAUCGUGGCCAACCGUGGGAUGUGUGGAUCGCUCGUCCUGGUAGCUCGCGAAAAGGGAACCGACCGAGUUGUCGGCUUCUGCCAUGCCGACUCCUGUGAUCAGGAGCUGGUCAUAGGCCAUCUCAAGGUGCAUCGUGAUCACCAGGGCCAAGGUGUAGGCAAGCUGCUGAUCCAAGGAGCCGAGAUGCAGGCGUUGAGCGCUGGAUGGGCGUUUGAGUCCGUGACACUGCGUGUGCUGCACCUGAACUCAAAGGCACAGCAGAUCUUCUUGAGACUCGGCUUCGACAUCGAGGACGAGCCAGCACCAAAGCCGUCUAUGAGCCCACUCUCCAUGUGUCUCAAGAUGGUCCGGCGUGCGAAGCACGCCCCCGAAGCUCCAAGCGAAAGCGAGCUUUACCCGCCAGUGGCGCCGUAUGUGCAAACCGCCUUCGCGCCCUGGCACCUCAAGCCCGCAGAGGAGGCCAAGCGCACAGCGGAGCCGAAGGCUGCAGCGGAGCCCAAGGCUGCAGAGGAGCGCAGGACUGCAGCGGAGCCCAAGGCUGCAGCGGAGCGCAGGACUGCAGCGGAGCCCAAGGUUGCAGAGGAGCGCAGGACUGCAGCGGAGCCCAAGGUAGAGGAGCGCAGGACUGCAGCAGAGUCCAAGGCAGCGGAGCCCAACGCUGCAGCGGAGCCCAAGGCUGCAGCGGAGUCCAAGGCAGAGGAGCCGACGGCUGCAGCGGAGCCCAAGGCUGCAGCGGAGGCAACGGGGCCAGCGCCCGACGAAGACCCUGGAGAGGACGAUGAGUCUGCGACUCAUCCAUCAAUGCCCCCGUUGAUUCCAGUGACACCCUGUUGGUUGGACGAACCGGGGGCUGCGAAGCCUCUAGAGAAGUCAACGGGGCGAGCGCCCGACGCCGGGCAAAGCGAGGCGGAGGAGCAGACGGGGCCAGCGCCCGCUGCAGCUGCAGAGGAGCCGACGGGGCCAGCCGCUGCAGCUGGUGGGGACGACGAUGCCUCCUCGGCGACGCAUCCAUCGAUGCCGGAUUUGAUUCCUGUCACCCCAUACUGGUUAGACGAACCGCGGGGUCCCAAGCUGUCCUUCGCUCUCAGUGCUCUUGUGCUAAGACAUUCGCUCCAAGGUCUCCUGGCAUCC